CGUUUCUGCAGUGACCGAGUGUUAUUUGUGAGUCUCUUUAGGGUGAUAUUGUUUGGGAAAUAGCAUGAGCUCAUACGUUGGGAAGUCUUUUUCUAAGCAGACGCAAGACGCCUCCUCUUGUAGAAUGCACACUUUUGACAACUAUGGAGCUCACAGUGAGUUCCACGAGUCCAAUUACGCGUACGAAGGGCUUGAUCUCGGCGGAUCCUUCAGUUCUCAAAUCCCCACCAACUCUUUGAGGCGGGAGGCGAUAAACACAACCGACCGUGCAAGGAGCAGUGCAGCAGUUCAGCGAACACAGUCUUGUUCAGCUCUGGGCUCUCGUAGCUUUGUAAGCACUCACGGGUACAACCCCCUCAGUCACGGACUGUUGAGCCAAAAAGCCGAGGGGAAUAUGGAAGUUAUGGAGAAGCCCAGCGGCAAGAGCCGCACAGACGAUAUCAAAAUGGAGACUACUUCAGCGAUAAAGCAACAAACUAAUUCGACUCAGCGUCAGAACCAGUCGCAGCCGCAGAUAUAUCCGUGGAUGACAAAGCUACACAUGAGCCACGAAUCUGACGGUAAAAGGUCACGAACCAGUUACACCCGGUACCAGACUCUGGAGUUGGAGAAAGAGUUCCAUUUCAACCGAUACCUCACACGUCGCAGACGUAUUGAGAUUGCCAAUAACCUCUGCUUGAACGAGCGCCAAAUUAAAAUAUGGUUCCAGAACCGUCGCAUGAAGUGGAAGAAGGACUCAAAGUUGAAAGUAAAAGGAGGACUAUAAAUAAUGUGUUGCACGACUUCAAUUACAACAGCCUGAAAAUAAAGGCAAUGUUAACCCUUGAACUAAAACAACGAAUGAUUUAAAAUUGAUUUUGUUAUUAACAACUGUUGAUGUCUAUCAUUUGUUUACAAUAUUAUGUUGUUAUGUGAAUAUGUUGAUAUUUUCAAUAUUUAUUGAUAGUGCUCUGUCCCCAGUACGGCAGAUGCUAAUUUGAAUAAUGUAUGAGCUUAAACAUUGAUUAUGCUUUACUAAAC